UUCAACUCGGGUAAAUAAACCACCCACAAUGCAUCAGAGAAAGGCAGACAUUCAAGAUUGGCUCACUACCAAUGGAAUUGAUUAUGAAACUUACAUGUCGAAGGAAGAGCUGAUGUGUCUGGUGGACAAAUACAAGCCCGACCCAAAAUAUGAGGUUGACGAAAUUUUAAAAGAAAAUGGUCAUGAAGUUCUACGGUUGCCCCCAUACCAUUGUGACCUUAACGCCAUUGAACAAAUAUGGAGUUUAGCUAAAAGGAAAGUUGGCAGCAUAAAUAUGGGUCUUACUGUAAAAGAAGUAGAAAAAGCGAUUUCAACGGAAUUUGGGACUGUAACUCCAGAGGACUGGAAAAAAUGCACUAAUCACGUACUGCACGUGGAACAAAAAUAUAUAGAAAGAGAUGGAAUUAUCACAACAUUAGAAUCAUUCAUUAUAAAUGUAACCAGUGACAGGGACUCAAGCAGUGAGUCUGAAGAGCCAGUUGAAUUUUUGGAAUCUGAUUUUGAUUAUGAUAGUUAGUUAUAGGUGGAAUAGUUCUAGAUUAGUUCAGUUCAGAGAAUGAUUAUCUAGUAACUUUUUAGAAAUUAAACGAUGGGAAAAACUGAAGUGUUGUUUCUUUUUGCAAACC